CUCAAAUAGGAGGUGAAUUUAUUGUUUUAGGCGUUGAUAUCCCUCGUUUUAUAGAAAAUACUUCCCACAAUUUCAAUUCGCAUCGAUAGUUAAUCAGCAAGUAUGUGUGCAGCCGCUGAUCCGCUGGUGGCUGUGUGCCGCACACUGCGCUCACUCCAGUGUCCGCUGCUGGAGGAUGCAGCAGAGCCAUGGCUGCGGCAGGUGCUGCUGCAGCCCAGCGAGCACCGCACCUCCCUGCUGCACUGGUGCUGUCUGCAGAUUGAGCCGGCUCUGGCCGGCCGACUCCCGGACCCGGCUGAUGCAGCGGCCGUCCGCAGCGCGCUGGCCGGCCUCGGCUUCCUGCGCACGGCCGGCGGACCCGAGCUGAGCGAGCCGCAGACGGCCGGCGGCGCGGCCGCCUUCUGGUUGCCGCUGCUGAACGUGGCGGCCGUGCUGCGUGAGGAGCGCGAGCACCCAGUGACGGUGGCGCCGGCCGACGAGCAGGCGCUGCUCUCGGAGUUGUGCUGCGCCGAGCAGACCCAGGAGGCGCUGCGGUCCCAGCCGGACCUGAUCGCCGCCGACAUCCGACAGGACCUCAGCGCCGAGACGGAGCCGCCCGCCGACCGGACACAGCUGGCGCGCCAGGCGGCCGGCGCCGCCACCGAGCUCGACGAGCUGAACCAGCGUCUGUCGCGGCUGCAGGCGGACCGGCCGCGCGCCGACGACCGGCAGCUGGCGGCGCUGCGCGAGCUCUGCGACCGCACGUGCUGCCUGCUGCGGCAAACGCGGCUGCAGCUGGACGGCGUGCGGCCGCGGUUGGAGGCGGCCCCGGCGCCUCCGCCGCCGCACGGCCGGCUCGGUCAGCUUCUGGCCCAGUCGGAGGAGCUGUACCGACAGACGGAGCGCGUGGCGCAGCACGCCGCCGCCGUGGCCGAUGCGCAGACGGCGGCCGUGAGCGCGGCACCGCCGCUGUCCGCCGGGGACAGCCACAAACUGGUGUCGGAGCUGAGCCGACUGACGGCCGCGCUGGCCAUCUAGCCACCGAGUGUGGCCUGACGAGAGGUCCCGUCCGGCCUACUGAGAGGAUCUGCCCGGCCGCCGCCGACCUGAACAGUGAGAGGUGCCUAACCAUGCGGCCGGUCGGUCAGCGCUCACCCGGCCUGCCAGCUCCGGGGCCGAGCGAUCGCCACCAAGCCACUGCCGCUAAUAUGCACCGUUUCGUAGCUCAACGGGUAAUUUUGUGAUGCUGAUAAAUGCUUGUCACAUUAAAUUGGUGGUGCUUGUAAACUUGCCUAACCUUGCCUUACGAUAUGCAAAGUAGUUGCGGUAGGAGCUUGCGUUUUAGGUAUUUUCCAUCAAUAAUGCUAACUUGUGGAGCAAUAAUGCAUGGGACCAUGAUCUCAAAGUGAACCUGAUCUGCCCAUUGUUCUCUUGAGAAAGUUUUAACAUUGUACCUAUUCCGUAUUCAUAUUUACAGCUUUGCUGUUUCCUUGUAUAUUUUCCAUGUCAUUUGCAUUGCACGCUUAUGUGCAAAUCAGUAGUUUUACAUAUUCGUACAAGUCCUAUCUUUCACAGAAGUCCGUUUUUGCGUUUAUUAGCAGUACACAAUUUACUGCUGGAAAUUAUGAAUUCGUUUCUAGCCCGCUCACUUCCCAUUUAGUUAUGUCUCCAUGCUGAGAAAUGUUCCAGUUUGCAGAUUUUGCUCACGAAUACACUUAAGUAUCUA